AUGCUGUUUGUCGUUAUCGUGUUUGUGUUGGUCGCCGGAUCUACCGCGGUAACUUUUCAACCGGGUCCGUGUCCGGUUAUCAAUGGAGUCCCCAUUGACUUCAAAAAGAUGGCCGGCAACUGGUACGAGUAUGCUAAUACCGAGGACCAGUAUAACGGUACUCUUGGAUGUACGAUCAGUGAGACAUUCACGCUGAAGGAUAACAUAACUAGAAUGUUUACAACCUCAAUUUCAAAAUCUACCGGCAACAUUGUGGGAGUUGAGAGCGAAGUCACUGCGAUACUACCAGGAAACGGGGUGAAUCUUGUUACCUAUACUCCACUUGCUGGUGAAUUGACUGUUCAAUACUGGGAUCUUGAAGUUGUGCCUGAUAGUCACGAGAUAUCUUGGUCUUGCGUAAUAGAAGGAUCAAAACAUCAUAUACAAGGUAUAGACAUAUAUACUCGCAGUCCAAACCCGUCAAUAGAUGUCCUUGAAAGAUCACGACAAUUAGCCUUGGAGAGAGGUCUCGCAGCACCGGAGUUUGUUCUAUUUGAUAAUAGUUGUUAUCUAAAAAGUUGUAGAUGCCAAUAA